AAACUAAACGAAGAAGAAGAAAAGGGGGAGAAAAAGUCGCAGGAGAAGACGAAGAGAGUCGCUGCUAUUUUGUUCGGGUAAACUGAGUAGGACUGGUUGGACAAGUGUUUGAGGAUCAUGCUGAGGGCUUGUCUGAGAGGAGCUAAAGCCACAGCUCCGAAGAACUAUGGGAGGUCUCCUUUAAAUGGUCUGCAGCAUUCCCGGCACUACACAGCUGGAGAGACCAGCAGUGCUGCUAAAGUGGUUGCGGCAGGUUUAUUAACUGUCAGUAGUGGUAUUGGAGGAACAGUACUCUACGCCAAAUGGAACCACAAGUUCAGAUCAUCGGUGGAGAAAAACGUUCCAUACGCCGACUGGCUAUUGGGUAUAACUCUGGGACCUGCUCCCCAAGACUCCAGCUCACCUAUAAAGAAACAGAUGGAGUUGGUUCAGCCUCCCAGUAUGAUGGAAAAGCAAGUGAAAGUGCCUAAAGCCAAGACAGAGAAAAAGGUCAAAGACACAGCGGAGAGUCCAAGCGUUGUCCCACCACCGACUGCACAGAGUAUAGAGGAGACCUCUCAAGAGGCUUCUGCAGAGGCAGGUCAUAUUAUUUCAGCCAUCAGUGAGGUCCAGUCCGUCCCUGCUCCAUGUGACACAGAGGCAGCAGCACCACCUGUUGAUGAAUGCAAAGAGUGCCAUGAAGGCAAGGACACCCCAGUGGCAGCAGAAGUUCACCCUGAAACCAAAGCAGCUGUGGCUGCAGAACCACUGAAAGAGCGUCCGGUGGAAGAGGUGGCUGCUAUACUGGCCCAACAAGACCAGGAGGAGCAGGACAUCCUUGCAUCUGUCUCAACUACUCUGGAGGACUCACUGGGCAGCUCAGCUAAAGCUACACUACAGGCCAUCGGAGCCCAGGAAGCGGCUCUACAGGCAGUGAUACGACAUACCCUCAAACUGAAGGAGGCCAUGGAAGCUGAGGUUCCACCUCAGGAGAAGUCGGCCCAGUGGAAGGAUCUGGAAGCUGCUCUUGCCGAUAGAACCUCAGCUGUCAGUGAUGCUUCAGCUGCUCUGUUAAAAGCCAAUGAGGCUUUGGAUGGACUCAAGUCCGAGAUCGAUAAAUCCAAGGCCCUGAAGGUGGCAGCCACCCGCCCUCUGGUUUUAGCAGCAGAGGAAAACCUUCACAAAAUGGUGGUGGACUUGGACAAGGUUGUCACUAAGGUGCAGGCUGCAGAAUCAGAAGCUAAGAUCGUUUCCCAGUACAGUGAACUGGUUAAUGAGGCCAAACUCCAGUUCCAAAGAGAAGUCACCAGCCUGACUCCAGAAAUUCAGGCCAACUGGAAGGGACUCACUGGUAAACUGUCGCCAGAUGACCUGAACGCCUUAAUUGCCCAUGCGCACCGUCGCAUUGACCAACUGAACCGCGAGCUGGCUGAGCAAAGAGUCAGGGAGCAGAUCCACAUCGACUCAGCGCUGGAGCAGCAGAAACUGGAGGAUCAGAAGGCUCUGGACAAGGCUGUAAACAUUGCUGUGCAUCAUAUCAAGGAGGAGGCCCGCUUAGAGCAGGAGAGGAAGCUGUCUGAGUUAAGAGAAGUUAUGGAAGCGGAGAUGAGGACUCAGCUUCGGCGUCAGGCGGCUGCUCACACAGACCACGUCCAAGAUGUGCUUAAAGUCCAGGAGCAGGAACUGAGAACUGAGGCAGAUCAGGUUCUGAGCAGUAAACUACUGGAACAGGAGACUCUCCACCGCCAGCUGAGUCAGGAACAGCUGGACAACUUCACCCUGGACAUGAACACAGCAUACGCCAGGCUGAAGGGCAUGGAGGAGGCCAUUGACAGUCACGUGAUUGCGGAGGACGAGGCCCGUAAAGCGCACCAGCUCUGGCUGUCCGUGGAGGCUCUCAACUACACCUUAAAGACAGCAGAGGGCGACGCUGCCACCAAACCUCUGCAGAGUUCGGCUCAGGCUGUACGUGACAGCUGCGCCGACAGCGACUUUGCCCUGGCUCUAGCAUCAGCUCUUCCCAAGGAAUCCCUGGAGCGUGGUGUGUACAGCGAGGCCUCCCUCCGUGCUCGCUUCAACUCCCUGCGCUCGGUAGUGCGUCGGGUUGCCCUCAUCGACGAGUCCCACAACUCACUGUUUCAGUAUUUCCUGUCCUAUGUCCAAGCUGCACUGCUGUUUGAGGAGAAACAGGAAGUGCCUCCAGCCCAGCUGAGUCCAGAGGAUUUGGAUCCAUUCAAACUCCUGUCCUACGCCAGCUACUGCUUAGAGCAUGGCGAUCUGGAGUUGGCCGCUAAACUGGUGAACCAGCUGAGAGGAGAGGCCCGGCGGGUGGCAGAGGACUGGCUGACUGAGGCCAGACUCACGCUGGAAACCAGGCAGGUUGUCAGUCUGCUUUCUGCUUAUGCAAAUGCCAUGGGCUUAGGAACCACCCAGGCUUCAUAGUCAGCAUCACAGGAUACUGCGCUGAAAAUCAGCUUUUGAGUCAUAAAUUACUCACCUGUAGUCGGGAGUCGAGGGCAGCAGAUACUGGAACAUGUGAUACUUAAAACAGAUAUUUAGUAGUGAAUUCCUAUGUAGUAAUCACGUGAUUGAGUUAAUAUGCAAACAUGUUCAUUUGUUUUAAUGCACUAAUUGUGGGUAAUUAUAAAGUACAUUGUAUUGAUGAUGAUCCUCUUUCUGAUCUUGGCCAGUGCAUAUAUUUAUUUUUGUUAAAUUUUUGGCCCAGGUUUAUCAGUAAAUACUAUUAGUUGUAACACUGAUUUAAUGUCAUGCCAAACAAUAUUUUAAUUUUGUCAGACUCCACAUAUAACAAUAAAUCACAAAUGAGAAUGUU